AGGAGGGUUCUUUUUUCUGCAGCUCCUCUCCCUCCAGAGGAUCAUGUCUCAAGGCUUCUCCUCCUUUGGCAGCCCUUUGCAAAGGAGCUCUUCCUCUGAAGGGGCUCCUCAGGGACCAGAAGACGACGAAAGGAGAAUAAGAAGAAGAGAGAAGAACAGGGUGGCCGCACAGAGAAGCAGAAAGAAACAAACACAGAAAGCAGAUAAACUCCAUGAGGAAUAUGAGUGCCUGGAACAAGAAAAUACCUCCCUGAAAAGAGAGAUCAGCAAACUGACAGAUGAACUGAAACAUUUGAAUGAAGUGUUGAGGAACCAUGAAAAAGUCUGUCCUCUCUUACAUUGCUCUUUAAACUUUGGCUUGAUUCCCAGGCACGACGUCCUCAGUGGUCCCUUGCCGAGAUGAAACCUCCAGAAGUCCCUAAAGUGCUACUGAGAUGAGAGAGUGUUCAAGAUCUAUUGUCUUUCUCUUUCAUCGUGCUGCAUAAAACACAACAACCUCACAGCAAUAAGGACUUCAUCUUACAGUUGGGAGACUACUGACCAUCAGGAAGCCACCUUGAUAGUGAAAAAAAAUGAUGAGCUCUAAAAUUGUUGGAGGACCUUUGAACAGAACAGUCUGCAUUCCACAAAUUUUCAAUGUUUGCUCUUGUCCUGCGAAGAAUCCAAAGCAUAUAGCAGAAGCAAGAAUACAAAUAAUUUUCACCUCAUUUUAUUUUCUACCUAUACAACUGCCUAGUUCUCAUUGUUAAGAAAUAAGUUGGUGCUCAUGGAAAAGAGGAAGAAAAUGCUGCAGCUUUUGAAACCAAAAUGGAUUGUGAACUUAUAAAUCUGCAAUCAACAGGUUGUGCUUAGCAGUUUGAUUCCUUGUUCCCUGACAUUUCCCUUGUUGCUCUCUGCUUACACUCCACUCACAGCUAGAUGUCAAAUUCUGUGAAAACUCUAACACCG